AUGCUCUGUCAGCUUGAAACCAAGACCCGUAUCCAAUGGAUUCCGAUCCAUACUACGACGGCGAACAGUCGUGGAUAUCCCGCUGUUUUGUUCAAGGGCCAAGCCCGCUUUAGCGAGUUCUCAAUGGGUUCGAGCGGUCAACGAUGCACGCAGGGUUCAAGCGAUAAUGAGAUAACUGGUGCCUUCAUGGAGCCAUUUGGGUUUCUGCCCAGUAUAGUCAUUUAUGUUGGUGCAAUUCCGCAGAUAAUGCCGUUUUCUGUUUGGAGACCCGAAGGAUUACGGCAAUCACGCAUGCUGCAUGUGCAUUUUCCCCAUUCGUCAUUAUAA